UCCUACUUACAUUCGUUAUCAUAAAUGUACGUGUUUACAUGAUUGAGCAUAAGAAGCCAAUGUGUUCAAUUAAAAAAUCGAAAUGGACAUUACUGUUUUAAGCAUAUAUUUAGUUUUUAUUUGCAUAAGUAUUUUUUCAUCAGUUUGGGGUCAAAACCUACUGCUGACGUCUGAUGUGUCUGUGGUAGCAGAGAACAAUCCACUGGUAUUGACCUGUGUCCUUCCUGCUAAAGGGGCAAAUACGGGAUGGAUCGUGAAUGAUGUUAGAACAGAAACGGCGCUACUGGAUGACGGGAGAUGCAUACAGCCAUCUGCACCACAACAGGGAUUCGUCUACACGUGCCUUAAUUCAACUGUUUUUACUUUGACCAUCCGUCAGGUAAAACGUGAACAGAAUGGAGAUCAGUGGAAGUGCGAUUCUUGGAUAUCAGGUUCUACUAGGUAUAGCAACACCGUUAACCUAACGGUCAAAUACCAACUUCUGACGUCUAAUGUGUCUGUGGUAACAGAAAACAAUUCACUAAUGUUGACCUGUGUCCUGUCUGAUAAAGGGGCAAACACGGGAUGGAUCGUGAAUGGUAUUAGAACACAAACGGCCCUAUUGGAUGACGGGAGAUGUAUACAGCCAUCUGCACCACAACAGGGAUUCGUCUACACGUGCCUUAAUUCAACUGUCUUCACUUUGACCAUCCUUCAUGUGAAACGGAAACAGAAUGGUGACCAGUUGAAGUGCGAUUCUUGGAUAAACGGUGUAACUUUAUAUAGCAACAACGUUACCCUUAAGGUGCAAGUACCAAUAUCGAGCGUGUCCUUGACCGAUCCUGCAACAGACAACGGUGUAGACGUAGCUGAAAACGGCACUCGCACAUUCACAUGUCAAACAUCUGGAGGAAUACCAUCUGCUAAUGUCACGUGGUACAUGAGAAACGGAUCGUCUGAAACACAGAUCCUGACGAGCGCGACAAUUGGCAUGAGCUCAUCCAGGUACACUUCAGAAGACAAUUCGUACAUUGACACCAGCACUAUGACUUACACUGGUAUGCGAGUGGAUAAUGGAAGUAGAGUGUUCUGUAGAGCGAGUAAUAUACAGGAUGAGGUGAAUAAAUCUACGAGAGAAAUACUGCUGAAUAUACUAUUAAAACCAGACACACCGAAAUAUUUCUUUUCUACGAACCAAGCCGCUACGUCGGUGAUGUUUUAUUGGCUUACUGUAUAUAACGGGGGUCGGUCGCAGACCUUUUACAUAGAAUAUAGGAAAGUCGACUCGACUUUCUGGAAUAACGUUACUGUUGACGAAAAAAAAUCCACAUCGUGUGUAAUGAUGAACCUGACAGUUAACAACAUGAGCCCAUCAACAGAAUAUCAAGCAAGGAUGUAUGCCAAGAGCACGAUCGGAGUAUCUCAGCCUACCGAACCUAUAACGUUUAGAACAUUAGAAGACCGCAUCGACAGUGCCAAUCAAAAGUCGAUGUCCCACACUGGGCCAAUUGUUGGUGCCGUUGUGCCAGGAGUACUUCUUGUUAUCGUCUUAGUGGGCUUGGUUUUCUUAUGUCUAACUUACAACUUCAAAAAGAAAGCACCUGGCGAAAGAGCUAAAGUACAGCUUCAUAGCGGACCACGAUAUUUUAGGAGGCAGCCCAAAGGUGACCAAGCUAACAUCAUCGAUACAAGCGCAGAAAACGCCGUAGACUCAAACCUUUACCAGGCCAAGUUGGAUCACAUUCCUGAGCUGACUCGCGAUGUGGACCUCCCAGAGAUGUCGAAUGAUGGGAGUCCGUAUGACUACAUUGGCGGUCACCCGAAUCUGCAACCCAAAAGGGCACUUCCGCCGACUCCUGACAGCAAGGGAGGGACACUCACGGGUAAUGUAGAUGGUGGGUAUUUAACUGCGGUGGACACAUGUACUUCCAAGAGUGCUUCAAUUAAAUGGUGAACGAAGUAAAUCCGUUUUAAUGUUCCACGCAUUAAAAAUAAAACAAUUCGAAUAAUAUAAUUAUUUAUCUAUACUGUGUUGAUUAAUAACGCUGAAUGUUAAAAGCCCUUGUACGGGUUUGUGUCAGCUCAAUUAUGCAUAUGUUUUCUUAAUAUGAUUCGCAGUAUGAAAGCAACCAUUUAACUACAGAUCAUUAUUAUUUUGUAAAAAAUUGUUUGAGUACUUUGUAAAAAAAAUUGAAACAAAAUCGGAGCGCGCGCUCCCGACAACAAGGCAUCAAUGGUUUGUUUAAUGAAAUUAUUUCUGCCAGUGAUAAGUUUGUUCGUGUUGUUGUUGUAACUAACGUAAUUUUGUAUGACUGUUAUAUGAUAUAUAAUCAUAUAUGUAAAUAACUAAUACUGCUAAAUGUACCUGAUAUGUACUUUUAUCGGAUAUGAAACACUUUGUCAUUCCCACGUAAGUUUUUCUUUAUUUUAUCUUUAAAAAAAUAAUUAUUGUUUUAAUAUUGAUAAAGUCACCUAGAUUUAAUACACUUUUGUGUGCGUGUUUACUCAUCUAAUGAUUUUAUUCCGAUCUAUACAUUUUUAGCAUUUAACAUAUAUUUUUUAAAUGUAUUCGAAAAAUACUUUUCAAAUUUUUAAUUAACACUUUUUAAUAUAUAAUUCCAUGUUAUUACGCUAUAAUUUACAUUUUUCUUCGAAAGAACCCACUCUCUGAUCUUUUAUCAUCUUAGUCAAAUAAAUUUACACGUUUUAAUAUAAAGCAAAUGUAUUCAUGUAAAUGCUAAAUGUAAAUGUAUUUGAAUAUACUCCAAUAUUACUUUAUUAUAAUUUAAUUAUUAUUGUAUUUUUAUCUGAUUCUGAAUAUACGUACUUCAAAUAAAUGAUCUUUUAUCAUCUUAGUUAAAUUUAGAAUUUACACUUUUUAAUUAUUAAUUCCAUGUUGUUAAUCUAUAAUUUACAUGUUUCUCCGAAAGAACCAAAUCUCUGGUCUUAGACAGAUAAAGGUUAGAUUGUUUCCUACCAUUGCUUCCAAACGUGUUUUAUAAUCGAAAAAAAAAUUUUGCUGUAUCUUUAAGUUACCAUAUGUAUGUACAGAUACCUAACAUGACGUAACAUGCCUCACCAUUAACUAGUUACAAAUUUCUUUGUAUUGUGUUAUAUGACAUUGUGGAAUGUUGGGCAUAUUGCCUUUUUCCCGAAUAAAGCAUAUCUAUCUAUGUAAAUGCAAUGUAAGUGUAUUUGAUUAUACUCCAAUAUAACUUUAUUAUAAUUUAAUUAUUAUUGUAUUUUUUUCUGAUUCUGAAUAUACGUACUUCAAAUAAAUGAUAUUUUAUCAUCUUA